AUGGAAAGCAUUCGCGUUUUAGUGCAAAAUGGAGCCAGACCUCUUCAGCCUUCCUAUGUGGUGCAGUGGGGUAGUCUUCAGAGCGGGGAGCCAGCAAUUGAAAUUGUCGAGAAACCGAAUGUGGCUUGGCUUGCUGAGCUAUUUAUAACCGGAGAACUGGAGCUUACUGCACAAGUGUUCAAGCAACUGAAGAUGUCUGGGACGGAUUUAGGGCUUCCAAUAGAGACAAGAGUUCAGAAGCUACAGCAACCUCAUCCGAAUUCAACCAAAACCACUCAGUUUGUUGAUGUGUGGGAGUGCAUUGAGAAGGAGGUGGAGAGGAUCAGUACGCCAGCGAAUUUACCCAACGCUAAAGUCAAUUUGAAGAAGAUUCACACUGCGUACAAUACUGAUAAACUUGAGGCUCUAUACAAGAAGCCGAAAAAGGGCAAAAAGUCGAAAUCUAAUACAGCUGCCAGCGAACAAUCUUAA